CCUACAGGACGCCGGAGCGGCGACCCGCACUUGCUCAAGAGCCGACCGAGUGUUUCCUCUCCACGCACUCGAGGGAAUUCAGAAAGGACCGAGCAGUUUCAGGACCAUGGCCAAUCUUGGCAACAGAAGAGGGAUCUACCACCCCUUGAGCUUCACCUGCUCCCUGAUCAUUAUGGGACUGUGCUGUGUGUCUCCUUUCUUCUGUCACAGCCAGACAGAUCUGUUGGCUCUGAACCAAGCUGAUCCUCAGUGCUGGGAAUCUUCUUCAGUGCUUCUCCUGGAAAUGAGGAAGCCUCGAAUUUCUAACACUGUUUCAGGUUUCUGGGAUUUUAUGAUCUACCUGAAGUCAUCUGAGAACUUGAAGCAUGGGGCACUGUUUUGGGAUCUGGCUCAGCUCUUCUGGGACAUCUAUGUGGACUGCAUCCUUUCCAGGAACCAUGGCUUAGGAAGGAGGCAAUUGGCUGUAGAGGAAGGAGCGAUCUCAACAGUGCAUCCUCAACACAAAGGGAUAAAACAAGGUGUAUCUCCUCAGCAAUUAAGAACCCCUUUCCUAAAGAAGAAAGAGUUGAUUGAAGAUUGGAUAAGCAUGAACCUGCGCAGGAGUGGGUUUAAGCUCAUUGGAAAGGUGACCGGUGGCCUGGAAAUAAAGAGAAAAUAAAUCUACCCUCAUUACUAACUCACAUUUGGAAUUAAAUAUAUACAUAUAUUUUUUCAUGACUAUUGAUCACUCACUGAAAUGAUGGAAUAUACAAAUAUUAAAGCACAUUCUCUCAGAGCACUUAGUUUCAUUCCUUUAGACUACUAGCACGUUCCUUGAAAUGGUGACAUUACUGCCAGAUCACCCCACUAACUGAGAGUUAAAAAUAGGUUUCCAAGAUGACUAGGGGAUCAGGCCACUCA